CGGAAGAAAAAGAGGAAGGAGUGAUUUAAAAAAAGAGGUUCUUUAAAGAAGAGAAUAAGCAAAGAAGCACUUCAGGGAGAGAAAAUGGAAGGGAUCCAUCAAGAUAAUUUGUCCAAUCUCCCAUGCCAUGGGUCUUUAGUAGGGGAUAUUGAGCUGGAAGACUAUCCUUUGGAAGACAGGCUUCCCUUGGAGGAUAUGAUAAAUGACGCAGAAAGGGAGCUCCUCUCACAUCCUUCCCUACAAGAUGAUGAAAUGCCAGAUGUCAUCGUCACUGAGCUUCGGUCAUGGAAGAAGAAUAAUAAUCAUUCUCACCAUGGCUCUCGACAGCGCAGAAUAUGCCAUCACAGGAUCAAUGAGCUGGCCAAGCCCAAGGUCAAUCAUCAGAUCGUAGUAGACAGGCCUUCAGUAUAUUGGACAGAUAAGAUACAACCAGAUACUACCCUCAGUGUGACUUCUCCUAUUGUGACGCCAAGACUUGAAGAGCUCUCUAGACCCAAACGGUUCUAUUCAACCUACUACAAUGAAAGCAGGUCCACGCCCAUUUGGCCCAUUUCUCGAGCAUCCCUGGAGGCCAAAGCUUCUCCUCGACUGAAAGUGCUUGCAUAUCCAAAGAUUCGGAACAACAUCUGGGUGGUGGAUUCUUCUGAGACAGGGGAUUGGUAUCCAAACCCAAAAGGAAAAGAGAUGCCCCUACCUGAAGAGAAGAUCCAGGUAUCAAAGGCAACACAGGUAACCCAAACCAAAUCUCGGACCCUGGAGCUGGCAACUCCCAAAAGCAAAAGCCUGUCGAAUACUGAUUGGUUCCUUGAUCCAAAGGCUAAUAAUAAGCGUUCUCCAGACUUCAACCGGAUCUACAGCUUGGCCAUGCCCAAGAUCCUGGCCAAUAACUACACCUAUGACAAGCCCUGCUCCUGGGUGAUCUCACAUGGAACUAAGAAUGCUGUGGCCAGUAAGCGGAUUCUGUAUUUGGCCAAGCCUAAAGAGCGGAAAGAUUACAAUGAGGGCCAUGAUCCCUAUUAUAUCUCAAUGGCUGCUAUGAGGGCAGAGCCAUCUCCCCGAAUCUAUGAGCUUGCCGCCCCCAAAAGGGUAGCCAAAAAAAUCUAAGAGCCUCAUGAACUUCAUCAUCUCACCCCUCUCGUACUCCUGAAUGGCAGCAACCCAACCUCUUCUUCCAAGAAAACAACUCUACUAUAAUUUCCCUGUGCAAUCUAUUUUGAAUGAGGAGGAGCAAAUGGGGGGAAGGUGCAUAAUGAUAAUACUAUUAAUUAUAAGUGCUAUAACAGUUA